CUGCUGGGCCGGUCCUUGGCCUGGGGAGCGGAUGUGCGCGGUAGGGACAGAGGGGAGGCGUUGGCCAGGCCGGAGCUGGCUGGAGUGCAGCUUAACCCAGCAGUUUGGCUUGCCAUGCAGCGAUCGGGGCCAGAACGGGGUUACUUGCCUCGGGGACAGGAAUUCUGGAAACACAAAGCCAUGGAUGCUUUCAACAGAAAUACAGCGAGCUCUGGGCGCAAGAUCCAAACCAGAGUCCAGAAUGGGCCCCUGGAUUUAAUCGAGACAGGCAAGGGGCUGAAGGUGCAGACAGACAAGCCACACCUGGUGAGCCUGGGCAGUGGGCGCCUGAGCACUGCUAUCACCCUUCUGCCCCUGGAAGAAGGAAGGACAGUGAUUGGCUCCGCUGCUAAGGAUAUCUCACUACAAGGUCCUGGCCUAGCACCUGAACACUGCUACAUCGAGAACCUACGAGGGACCCUCACUCUGUACCCCUGUGGCAAUGCCUGCACCAUCGAUGGACUCCCUAUCCACCAGCCCACCCGCCUCACCCAGGGCUGCAUGUUGUGCCUGGGUCAGUCUACCUUCCUCCGAUUUAACCACCCAGCAGAAGCCAAGUGGAUGAAAAGCAUGAUCCCAUCCGGAGGUAGGGGCCCUGGAGCACCUUAUACCCCUGCCCUAGCUGAGUCAGAGAGCCUGGUGAAUGGGAACCACCCUCCUCAGCCCCCCAGCCGGGGUCAUGCUGCUUGCUCCAGCCACAGCUCCCUGGUGAGCUCCAUCGAGAAGGACCUGCAGGACAUCAUGGACUCCCUGGUGCUGGAGGAGCCGGGGGCCCCUGGCAAAAAAGUGUCUGCAAGCUCCCCGCUUUCCAACGGUGGGCGCUACACACUUUCACCACCUAUCAGCCCAGGGGCCAUGUCUGUGGGCUCCAGCUAUGAGAACAAUUCUCCCCCCUUUUCUCCUCUCUCCUCACCGGCCAGUAGUGGCAGCUGUGCCAGCCACUCACCCGGAGGGCAGGAACCGAGUCCGGCCAUCCCUCCGCUGGUCCCUGCCCGCUCCUCAAGCUACCAUCUGGCCUUACAGCCCCCACAGAUCCGACCUGGCGGCGUCCGCCCAGCAGAGAGCCCCCGGCUGGGCAGGAAAGGGAUCCAUGAAGGGCCGUCGAGCCCCGGGCGGCGGGCUCUGCUGACUGAUAGUCCUGCUGCGGCUGUGCUGGCGGAGGCCCGCAGAGCCACUGAGAACCCGCGGCUGGGGGCGUCGCUACCCGUCGUGGCCAUCAGCCUGAGUGAAUACCCUGAUGGCAGUGCUCGAAGCCAGUCCACCAGCAUUCCUGGCAGUCCCAAGUUCCAGCCUCCCGUCCCUGCCCCCCGGAGCAAGGCCAGCGCCCUCCAGGAGCGGCCACCUAGCCCCUUCCGGGAGCUGCCGGGCACUGAGCGAGCCAUGACGGCCAGUCCUUCACGCCAGCUGGUGGGCAGAACCUUUUCAGACGGGAUGGGCACCCGAUCCCUGCAGCCGCCAGAGAGUCCUCGUCUGGGUCGGCGGGGAGGUCCGGAGAGCAUGCGGGAGCUCCCACCUCUGAGCCCAUCCCUGUCUCGGCGGGCUUCCCCACUGUCUCCUAUGCCUGCCCGGGCCACUGCAGACGCUAAACUGACCAGGGAGAUGGCCGAGAGCCCCAGGACCCGCCGCUGGGCAGCACAUGCAGCCUCCUCUGAAGACUUCACCCUCACUCUGGGAGGGAGGGGCCGUCGGACGAGGAGCCCCUCACCCACCCUUGGAGAGCCGCUGGUGCCCCGAAAGGGCAGCUUUGGUGGCGGAUUGAGUCCAGCCUACAGCCUUGGCUCUUUAACGGGAGCCUCACCCCGGCAGAGUCCUCGGGCCCAGAGGAAGCUCUCAAGUGGGGAGCUCCGGGUGCCGGCUCCCCGAGAGAGAAAGAACAGCAUCACUGAAAUCAGCGAUAAUGAAGAUGACCUGCUGGAGUACCACCGGCGCCAGAGGCAGGAGCGGCUCCGGGAGCAGGAGAUGGAGCGGCUGGAACGCCAGCGUCUAGAAACCAUCCUGAACCUGUGUGCUGAGUACAGUCGGGCCGAUGGGGGCUCGGAGGUAGGGGAGCUGCCCAGCAUCGGCGAAGCUGCCAUGGCCUUGGCCCUAGCAGGCAGAAGGCCCUCCAGGAGCCUGCCUGGGACAAGCGGGGCCUCUGGACGGGGCACUGAGGAGCUCAGUGGGGCCACCCAGAGGCUCUGGGAGAGCGUGGAGCGCUCUGAUGAGGAGAAUCUGAAGGAGGAGUGUAGCAGUACUGAGAGUACUCAGCAAGAGCAUGAAGAUGCUCCAGGCUCCAAGCUCCAGGGCGAGGUGUUGGCCCUGGAGGAGGAGCGGGCAAAGGCACUUGGGCGUGUGGAACAGCUCAAGGGCAGAGUAAAGGAGCUGGAACACCAGCUGCAGGAAUCGGCGAGAGAGGCUGAGAUGGAAGGAGCGCUGCUUCAGGGGGAACGGGAGGCGGAGCGGGCACUCAUACAGAAGGAGCAGAAAGCUGUCGACCAGGUGCAGGAGAAGCUGCUGGUACUGGAGACGGGCAUGCAGAAGGAGAGGGACAAGGAGAGGGUGGAGCUGGCCGUGGGACGGAGUGAACUGGAGGCCCGCCAGGCGCUGUAUGACGAGCUCAAGACACAGCUCGAUAACUGCCCCGAGUCUGUUCGGGAACAGUUACAGGAGCAGCUGAGAAGGGAAGCUGAGGCUCUGGAGACAGAGACAAAACUCUUUGAAGACCUGGAGUUCCAGCAGCUGGAGAAGGAAAGCCGAUUGGAGGAGGAGCGGGAGCUGGCAAGCCAAGGACUGCUCCACAGCAGGGCAGAGCUGCAUCGGAGCAUUGCCAAGAGAAAGGAGCGCCUAGCAGUGUUGGAAAACCAGGUGACUCAGAUCCGGGCCCAGGCUGUCCAGGAAUCAGAGCGACUGGCCCGAGAAAAAAAUUCUUCCCUGCAGCUGCUGCAGAAGGAGAAGGAGAAAUUAGCAGCACUGGAGAGAAGAUACCAUUCCCUCACGGGGGGGAGGCCUUUCCCUAAGACAACAUCAGCACUCAAAGAGGAUGAACUGCAUAUCUCUGAGUCCUCAGAAUUGGGGCUGGAGACUGAGGCUCUAGGCUCCUUGCCCAGGCCCACCCUGCCCAGGGCCGCUGCCGGCCCCCUAACCCCACCUGCCUCCACCCAGCUCUGCCCCAAGACACAAGAGUAUGUGACGCUUGAGCAGCUAAAGGAAAUGUGGGGCAGUGACCAAACAGGCACUGUGCCCGCGUCCCCAGCCCCCACACUCGGCCCUCCCCUCCCAGGCUCCGCCUUCCGAGCUGUGCCUCAAGUCACCUGCCUUCCCACCAUGCCGCCAUCCUCCUCCUCUUCUACUUCUUCCUCCGUCUUGCCCGAGAUGGAGAAGCUGUUACUUCCUGCCCUAGACUUAGAGCAGUGGUACCAGGAGCUCAUGGCAGGGAUCGGGGAUGGCCCGUCUGCCUCCCCCUGUUCCUCCCCUCCACCUCUGCCCGCCAAAGCUUCCCGACAGCUGCAGGUUUACCGCUCCAAGAUGGAGAGUGAGGCUGGCAGCCCCCUGCCUCGUACCCGCAGUGGGCCCAUCCCCUCCUCCUCUGGGUCUUCAUCUUCUUCCUCUCAGCUCAGUGUUGCUACCCUGGGCCGAAGCCCCUCUCCUAAGAGUGCCCUCCUUACCCAGAAUGGCACAGGGAGCCUGCCCCGUAACCUAGCGGCCACACUGCAGGACAUUGAGACCAAGAGGCAGCUGGCCCUACAGCAGAAGGGCCAGUCUCUUCCUGCAGAGCCCCUGCCUCUCGACGACACAGCAGGGCAGCAGGUGAUCGAGGAGCAAAGGCGACGGCUGGCUGAGCUCAAGCAGAAAGCGGCGGUGGAGGCCCAGUGCCAGUGGGAGGCCUUGCAUGGGGCAGCCCUCUACCCCGCAGCCCCCUCAGGCUACCCCCCUCUCAUGCACCACUCUAUCCUGCACCACCUGCCGGCCGGUCGGGAUCGGGCAGAGGAGGGGGAGCAUGCCUAUGACACAUUGAGCCUGGAGAGUUCAGACAGUAUGGAAACCAGCAUCUCCACAGGGGGCAACUCAGCCUGCUCGCCUGACAACAUGUCCAGUGCCAGUGGAAUGGACAUGGGGAAGAUUGAGGAGAUGGAGAAGAUGCUGAAGGAAGCCCAUGCUGAGAAGAGUCGACUUAUAGAAUCUAGGGAACGGGAGAUGGAACUGCGGCGGCAGGCGCUGGAGGAGGAGCGCAGGAGACGAGAGCAGGUGGAGAGACGGCUGCAGAGCGAGAGUGCCCGGAGGCAGCAGCUGGUGGAGAAGGAGGUCAAGAUGCGGGAGAAGCACUUCUCCCAGGCACGGCCACUAACCCGAUACCUGCCCAUCCGGAAGGAGGAUUUUGACCUGAAGACGCACAUUGAAUCAUCAGGCCAUGGUGUGGACACCUGCUUGCACGUCGUGCUGAGCAGCAAGGUCUGUCGGGGUUAUCUGGUCAAGAUGGGUGGCAAGAUAAAGUCAUGGAAGAAGCGCUGGUUUGUCUUUGACCGGCUCAAGCGUACCCUUUCCUACUAUGCUGACAAACAUGAAACUAAGCUUAAGGGUGUCAUCUAUUUCCAGGCCAUUGAGGAAGUGUAUUAUGACCACCUUAGAAGUGCUGCCAAGAAGAGAUUUUUCAACUUCAGCCUGGUGACUGAGAGUCCCAAUCCAGCCCUAACCUUCUGUGUCAAGACCCAUGACCGGCUGUACUAUAUGGUAGCCCCUUCCCCUGAGGCUAUGCGCAUCUGGAUGGAUGUCAUUGUCACUGGGGCUGAGGGCUACACCCAGUUCAUGAACUGACCUGGAGGUGAUGGGGCCGCCCCUGAUGUUCCUCUCCACAGGGGAGGAGUCACACCCAGCCAUCUGCCCCUCCCCUCCCCUCUCCCCACCGCUCCUGGGGGGCCGUCAGCUUCAGUGUUCCUAGGGAGCACCUUUCCUGAGGCUUGGAAUAUACUCUACCAGGAUAUUUCCUAGAAAUGCACUGGGAGGGGAGAGCCUGAUUUUGAUGGUUUUUAUAAGACACUUUGUUAACAUCCAAGAAGCUUCUCACUCCUGCGAGAUGCCAAGCUCUGGGCCUCCUGGGAGCUAGCCAGAAGGGAAAGCAGGGAUGUGGGUCUUGGCACCUGGCAUAGCCCCUCAGGAGCCCUCCAAAGACGUGAUCAGGGCCGAGGGCUUCUGGGACACAGGAGGCUCUCUGCUCAGCUCGGGAGAAGGGCCCUUAAGUCUCCCUGGCCCCUUUUCUCUUUUGGAAAGGACACACUUAAGGUACCAGAAUCUGCCAAAGAUCCCCUCUUCAUCUCAGCCCCCUUCCCAGGGGCCUUGAGGGCUGAGCACAGGCCACAUCCUGGAGGAGGUAAAAGGGGGGAGCUCUAGUUCCCAAGCCCCUUGAUCUCUCUCCUCCUUCCCCUCCCCCCAGUUUAUUUUUUAAGAUUUUGCUCGUGACAGAGGAAGUGGUACCAUUACUGUGGCCACAACCCAAUCUCCAGUGAUCUAGAGCCAUAGUUGUGUCCCCCUACCCCAUCCCCAUCAUUGCUCUAUCUUCAUCCCCCGGUGGCUCUAGGUACCUCUUGUGGGCCCUACCCCCAAGUCUUCCCAAGGCUACUUGCUCAAGAUUUCUUUACACAAAGGCCCUUGAACAUCUUACACUGGGGAGAGGGGACCUGACCACCAGUCCCUUCCCCCCUACUCCAUUCUCUUACCACCGGGCCCCAAUGCACUAGCCCUACUUGGCCCUAGGUCUGGGCCCCUUCCCCCUCCAUGUGUGCCUUGACUGGAGCCAGAGGUUGCCAGGGUCUGGGGGUAUGGAGACCCAAAAAGGAGCCACAGGGUCUGGGUGGGUGAUGGAGCAUGUCCUGAGGCCUAUCCUUGGCCCAGGAAGGGUUUCUUGAGAUUGUUUUCCAGGGAGGAGAAGAGCUCACCCUCACUUCCAGGAAGAGAAUAGUACUACCAAGGUGGAAAGAACCAGUGAGGGGAAUGAAAUGUGCACCCCCUGCCAUUCAUCCUACCCUCUCUUGGCCUCAGGAAUGUGGCAGGGAAGACCAGGCUCCCACCCAUGCUGGUUCCAGCCCUUUAGGCCUUAACACUAAUCCCUCUUCUCCUGUCCAGACCUCCUUCCCUUCCUGCCUUUACUCCCCAUUUGCCAGAGGCCUGAGUUGCCUGGGUCCAGGCUGGGGUUGAUUGUUGGGUUUUUUUUUUCCAGUAUUUGUAAGCAGUUCAGCAAAAACAAUAAAGCAUUGGAAAUAAUCAGCUUGA